CACGCCCUCACUGCCUCGGGCGUCGGCGCACUUUCCUCCGACGCUCACAUGCGAGUGCGGACGCCCUUCCGCUGCUCCCCUCACCCGUGCGAGUACGAGAUCGCCUUUGUCUCCGACGUGGAGGGCGACCUCGACUACUUCAACCGCUGGGUGGCAGGCUCGCGCUGCGUGGCGUACACCGGCAGCGACGAGGCGGCGCUCACGCUCACGCACGCACGCGCGUAUUUUGUGUACGGCGGCGACGUGCCGGAUCACGGGCGCGGCAGUGAGCAGCUGCUCCGGCUGCUCGUCGGCCUGAAGCGCGCCUUUCCUCGCCGCGUCGCGCUGCUGGUUGGCAACCGCGACCUCAACAAGCUGCGGCUCACCUCCGAGUGCGCGCCGAGCGAUCUAGCGCGGCCGCACUGGUCCAUCCCAGCGCCGCACUGGGACGCCUCGGCGCCGACGCUCUCGCAGCAUCUCGAGCAGGUUGCAGCGGCGCGCGGCGGCGCGACGGCAGAGUCUUGCGACUGUGCCGCCGAGCGGCUGCGUUGGAUGUACGAGAACACGCUCGGCUGCCCGGCAACGUUCGAGGCGCGGCGAGCCGAGCUCGCGGCCUUGCGGAGCGUCGGAAGCGCCACCGGCGACAACGGCGGCGGCGGCGGCGGCGGCGGCGGCGCUGCGGUGAGCGACGAGGAGGUUGUUGCGGCAGCGGUGGCGGACGUGAUGCCGGGCGGUGCGAUGAGCAACUACUUGCGCCACGCCUUCUCGGAACCUUCUCGGAACCUUCCAGGAACCUUCGCAGGUGCGAUGAGCAACUACUUGCGCCACGCCUUCUCGGAACCUUCUAGGAACCUUCCAGGAACCCUCGCAGGUGCGAUGAGCAACUACUUGCGCCACGCCUGCGUCGCCGCAGUCUUUGGCCAGACGCUCUUUGCGCACGGCGCCGUCGACGCGCGGACCGCCGGGUACGUGCCGGACGACUCGACACGCUUCUGCUUGCCGGCGGCGCCGCAGGCUGGGCGGAUGGUCGAUUCCGUGUCCGAGUGGGUCGACGCGCUGAACGGCCUUCUCGAGCGCGGGCUGGCCGACCACGCCGCCAGGCCCGAGUGGGACGCACUGAGGGGGGUGUGAACAGCGUCUCUUCACACCCCACUGCUGUGAAUAGGCGUCGCUGCGUGGCUGCUCCGGGGAGGCAUCCGCCGGGUGGUGGUCGGGCACAAGCCAUCCGGCGAUUGCGCCGCGGUGCUCUCGGCUUCCCACACCGGCGUCGAGAUCGUCUCGGCCGACACGUGCUACGCCGACCCGAGGGCGGCCGACCGGCGCGGCGCCUCCGUAUCGCACGUCCUCCUCCGCGGCGGCUCGCUCGAGGAGAUGCAGACAGAGCUCUUCGGCACGCUGGCCACCGGCGCCCGCCACCGCGCCCUCCUGCCCGUGCUUCGGCGCCCCUCGCCGGCGCCGUGGCGCUCGCUGCUGCAGUGCCUCGCCGCCGCGGCGGGGGGGCGUCGUGAGGAGGAGCCCGACCCGCUCGUCGGGCGGCGGCUGCCCGACGGGCGGUGGGUCAAGGCGCGGGUGCUCCCGGCUGAGGGUCAGGCGGAGGCGAGGUACCUCUGCUGCAGCGGCUCGGGCCGCCGUGUGGAGCACUCGUAUUUGGGCGCAGGGGAGUGCCGGCGGCUAAUGGGUAAUGUCGACGGCCGCACGGUUGCCCCUGCCGCGAAGCGCGAUUGAGUUUCACAGUUGGUGUGUCUGUGUGCUGCUCAAGAGUGCCGCGUCUUCUUCUGUCUUGCGUCCACCCAUCGGCACGGGCUAGCUGCCUCUCAAAAUC